UAUAUCUAAAUAUUAAGCAUAGACUAUAAUAUAUACCUAAGUUAAUUAAGCCUAUUAAUAUUAAGAAUUAAGGAAAAAAUGCUCGAUCUCAAAUCAGUUAUCAAAUAUUAAAUAUAAUCUAGAUCUAAUUUCUAAGACUAUGGAAUAAUUUAAAUUUUAACUUAGUGGCCAAUUGUUAAAAGCUGGCUUUAAAUUAUUUUCUAGAAUUCUAGAUUGACUAGAUUACUAGAUAUAUCUAGAUCUAUAUUUAUAGUAAUUUAAAGUAAAGUAUUAAAUCUAGAAUGUAUUAGUACUAUUAGAUAGAUCUAUUAUUAUAAUUAGAACUAAAAAGGGAACAACAAUGCCAAUGACAAUAAAUAAUGUAGAAAUUUUGUCAUAUAAAGACUUAAAUGACAAAGAAGCGGAAAUGACUUACAGCCAGGAACCAGUACCCCUUCUGACAAAAGAUGUUCCAUUAGUUCAGUAUAAAUGUGAAGAAAGACGUGAUGAUAUAAACUACUGCAGACAAUAUAUACAGUAGGAAUAGUAGGAAACAGGAUGUAAACAGACAACAACCAAUGGAACCUUGAAGGUGAAAGCGUUGUUAAGUCCUGUUAUUCAAAUCUCAACGUGUUGAUACAUAAUGUAUUACUAACAUGUGCUUAGUUGUCGGGGCUUCCCCUCAAGGUGCUUUUUCUGAAGACUGAUCAGCUAACCAGAAGACGUUUUAUCUCCCAAGAGGGUAAAAAGAAAACGAUUUUUAGAUAGAAAAACAGCUGUGUGCGUGGUAUCAUUUUGUUUGAACUUCUCUGUCGAUCGAGCAACUAGACCAGGUCUAGGCUACUCACGAUUGUGUCGUGUAAUUGAUCUCAUUAAUUAGCACAAUUCACCAUGAAAUGUCUCUGGAAUUGUCACCGGUUCUUCCUGAGGUGCUUCUACCACUAUGGCUACUUCCUUGCCAGCCAUCCAGCUUGGUUUUUGAUCUUGCCAAUCGUCAUGUGCACCGUCCUAGCCGUGGGGUUUAUAAAGUAUAGCCCAGAACGAGAUGUAGAAGUUUUGUACGCACCAAUCAACUCAAGGGCUGUACAAGAUCGGCAAAAAGUAAUGGACACAUUCCCUGACCUCUCGGCUACCAACUAUCAGGCAUUCAGUCUUAACAAACUUUUGUCUCAAGGUGUCGUCAUAUUUAAAAGUAGAAAUGAUAUGUCUAUACUGACUCCAGAAGUACUGCAAGAACUUGAAGCUUUCCGAGAUGAUGUCAUGGCACUCAGAGUGCUCAAUGAUAAAUAUAAUUUUACAUUUGAAGAAGUUUGUUUACGCAGAGCCAAUCAGGCAAACUGUGUGUUUGAAGGAGACAUUUUGUUAGCUCCAUAUUUCAAAUUGUCAUUGAGGGAUGGCAAUGUGACGUAUCCAUUGUGGAGGUUUGGCAAUCAGGGCUUGGACUUAAGUUUGUACAUCAGCAAUGUCAACCUAACCCACAAUGUUUUCCUGAAAUCUGCUGGCAGUGUAAAGCUUACAUUUCCCCUGAGGCAGGACACGCCAGAGAUGAAAGCCAUGUCAUCAGCCUGGGAGGCCAAAUUUUUAGAGUUCAUGAAAGAGGCUAAUUAUUCCAGUCUAGAGGCUGCCUUCUCCACAUCUCAAUCUCUCAAUAUAGAGUUAGACAAAGGAACUAAAGGAGACAUUUUAUACUUUUCCUUGACCUUCACCUUGAUGAUAACUUAUGCCUGUUUAGUCAGUGCAGGUGGUGACUGUAUUUCUACCAGAGCUUUUCUCGCUAGUGCAGGAGUUUUUGCUGCUGGUGUUGGAAUUAUGGGAGCUUUUGGUUUGAUAACAUACGCUGGUGUUAGUUUUGUCAAUAUAGUUGGAGUGAUGCCAUUUUUAACACUUGGCAUAGGUGUGGAUGAUAUGUUUCUGUUAAUGGGGACAUGGAGUGAAACUACAGCAGUCAAAGGCUUAACAAUCCCAGAGAGAAUUGGACUUGUUUUCAAAAAGGCUGGUGUUGGAAUUACCAUAACAUCAUUGACUGACUGUCUGGCAUUUGCCGUUGGCUCCAUGAGUGUCUUCAAGAGUGUGCAGAACUUUUGUAUCUACACAGGUGCUGGUGUGCUUCUUUGUUACAUUUGUAAUGCCACCUUUUUUGCUGCAUGUCUGACAUAUCAUGGGCGACGGGUCUAUUCUGGCCUGCACACUGUAACCUGUAAGAAAGUGGAGUCAAGGGCUACGCUGAAAAAUGAAGGUAAUGGAUGUGUCUAUGCCUACAUGUGUGGAGGGUCCAUACCUGAGGGACCUAAUGAUGACCAAAGUGUAUGUGAAAAAGCGCCAAAGUUUUUACUUACCAAUUUUGUCUUGUUCAAGCCAAUUCGAAUUAUUAUCCUGAUUUUCUUUGCUAUAUACUUGGGUGUGUCAAUUUGGGGCUGCACUAAGCUAGAGCAGGGCCUGGAACUCAAGCACCUUGUUUUGGAAUCUUCCUAUUUUCAUAAGUUCCAGGUAUGGGAUACAGAAGAAUUUGGUUCAAAACUUCCCAUUGCUUUUGUCACUAUUGGAGAGAAAGAUUACAAGGAUCCUAGAACUCUAGAGAAUAUUGUGAACCUGCUUACUGAAACCAAGAAGGACAAGUUCAUUGAUAAAUACAUUGACAACUGUUGGUUGCAAGCAUUGAAACAGACUCCAUUUUACAACAAUACUGAUGAUGAUGUUUUCUUUGAUGGCCUGAACCGAUUUCUUUUCUAUCGACCUGGUUUCAGAAAUGACAUUGUUUUUGGGGAGGACAAUAAGUCUAUUAUAGCCUCACGCUGUCAUGCUUAUUCAUUGAAGAUCACUGACUCCAAUGAUCAGGCCAGUUUGAUGACUAGAAUGAGAGAUCUGGCUGAUUCUUCCUCAGCAAAUGUAUUUGCCUAUCACCCAGCCUUUGUCUACUUUGAGCAGUAUCUGUCCAUCAUGUCCAGCACAUUACAAACUGUUGGGGUGACUCUAGCAGUGAUGUUCGUGGUGACCUGCGUCUUCAUUCCGCAACCAAUGAUUGUGGUCAUUGUUAUGGUCCAGGUGGUCAUGAUAGUCACUGGAAUAUUUGGCUUCAUGGCCCACUGGGGUCUGACCCUCAGCUCUGUCACCAUGAUCCACCUCAUCAUGAGUGUUGGCUUCUCAGUGGACUUUUGUGCUCACGUCUGCACAGCUUAUAUUGUAUCAGAAGAGAAAUCUCGAGAAGAUCGUGCCAGGGAUGCCAUAGUUCAUGCAUCAGGCCCAAUCUUCAAUGGAGGUGUCUCAUCCAUACUUGGAGUUGUCAUGCUCUACUUCACCGAGUCCUACAUUUUCCAGUCUUUCUUUAAAAUCAUGGUGCUAGUCAUUGGUUUUGGAGUCCUCCAUGCUGUGUUCCUCAUCCCUGUGGUCCUGGCCUACUUUGGGCCCAGCACUUAUGUAGACCUUGAAGACAGAAUGUCACAGUCACCUACCAGUAAUUCAGUCAAUCCACAGGAUGCUCUUAAUGAUCACAAUCAAGCAUCAAUUAAAGGAAGCGCUGCAUCAUCAGUAGUUUCUAAUAAGAAAAAAAAAAAUUCAACAGCUUCAAGUAAACUGAGUAAUAAAGAAAUUAAUUUACAAGAUUUCCUGCCUGAUAAUCACUCUGAGGUAUCUUCAUUUCAUAGUAAAUCACAAGAUUAAUAUAUUAAAGUUAUAUUCAUGUUCUUGUAUCAGUAAUCUUUUCAAUGCCCUUGAAUUUGGAAGAUAAUCUAUGUAUAAAUACAUACCUAGGUUUUCAACUAUAAUUUUUUCCCGAAUUUAGGUAGAGAACUUAUUUGUUCAAAUAUUGAAACAUAGGAAAUAAUAUAAAAAUGAUUUAAUUGGUUUUUAUGGACCAGAUACAGUGUAGAUAUGUAUUUACAUUUCAUACUGGUUUGAAACACAAAUACUGUAUUCAUAUUUAGCCAUUAUUUCCUUUUUUUUAUUCAAUAGUUAUUCUUCUGUUCACCUAUGACUUUUUGUCGACAGAUGAUUUAAGAUUAAAACUGAUAUAUUAACAAGACAAAAAUCAAAGUUAAGCCCAAUGCACAAGAUUCGAGUCUUUCUUCAAUAACAGGCUGAAUCAUUGAUGCUGUGAUAUCAGUGUGCACACUCAACAGGUGUUGGCACACUUGUCCAAUGUGUUUGCAUUCUAAAAAUCUGUUCAGACAUUUUGGACUCUCUCUCUCUCUAUAUAUAUAUAUUGGUCUAACACCAAAUUUUGAGUUCAGAGUCAUUCAAAUACCAAGGAAGCACUGUAUAAACUUUAUUUUAUUUUGUAAAUAUUCUUUUUUUUCAAAGAAAUCUGGCUUAUGAAAUGUGCUGUACAGUUUGACAAGUAAGAGAUCAAUAAAGAAUUAUCUGUAAAAACUUAACUCCACAAUUUGAUACUGGAUUUUUUUUUACAUAAAUACUUGAUUACUUUCAAGAACAAGAAAUGUGAUUAUUGUCAACUACAUACAAGACAUGUAUAUGCUACCACAACUAUUGUUUUGUUUUUUUAGCACUUUUAUUUGUAUGCUUCAAAUGAAUCAAAAUCUUUGUUUAUUGUUUAUGUUUUAUUCUUGAAAGAUCUGAGAAUUUAUAAAUAUAUUUAUAUGAAUAAAACAUGUGACUGUAAUGUAACAAUGUAAUUUAUUUGAUAUUGUUACAUAUUAAAGCCUUUAUGUUUUUUCAUGUGGAUUACAGAGCCACAUAAAACUGAUUUAAACUGUUUUUACUUAUUUUAGAUGGGCUUGAAUACAUUUGCAUUUGAAACAAUCCUUUAUAUAUGUAAAAGUAACAAAAAACCGUUAGAUUGAAUAGAAAUAAAACAAAAACACUUUGGUUUAUUAGAGUAACUGCAAAUACUGGUCACUGGUUCAUUGUUCAUAUUGAACCAAAACACAAGGGAUUGUAGGCUACCCUUAUAAUUUGCUGUACAAUACCCAAAUACAUAAUACAGUAUUAUAUCAUAAGGUACAAUACCUAUUAGCAUAAACAAUGUUGUGACCUACACUUAAUAUUUCCAAUUUUUUUGGGCCACACAAAGUUUACUUUGUUAUAAGCAACACAUUUUUUUCAACAUUAUAGAAAUGUUAUGAGUUUGUCAUGAAGAGAAAUCAUUGUGUCUGGACACAGUUUGAAAGCCUCAGACACAUUGUAUGUCACAUAUUAUUUUUGCUCUGAUAUUAUCUUUUGAAAUUUUAGUAUUUUAUUUCAUUAUCCAUGUCAUGAAAGCUCAAAACUGAUUUGAUGUUUUGACAACACUUAACCAGCUAGAAAGGUUCAGAACCUGAUAGCAACACCUUAUUUAAAUAACCUUUUGUAAUGUUUUUGUAAAAUUUAGUAUAGCGUGCUAUUUAUUUUGUGUAUGCAGACCUAAGAAGGUUUGUGAUUAUUUCUUAUCUAACACUGAACUAUAAAUGACUAAAUGUAAAGUGUUAUGGCACAAUUAGGAUUUGUUUCAUAGAAAGGGGAAGUUUUGACUUAGAGACAAUGAUGCAAUUAGUAAAAACAAGGCUUGGUUUUGAUAAAGAAUAGCAAAAUGUAAACAGACUACUUUUGACGGCUGUAUGAAUGUAGGUUGUAGAUUUUGGUUGAUGAAAUGUUAUGGUUCCCUUCGUUAGUAUUAAACUUUUUGUUUGAAAUUCGCUAUCAGCGUCGACUAACUUCUAGUGUUGGCCUUUUGCCUGUGUUACGUUAAUUAUACGAUUUCAUUAUUUGAGAGUUACCUCUCUUUGAAUUAUCUGCAUAAGACAGCUUGGAAGCGCCUAAAAGUAGACAACUGUUUUAUCAAAAAUUGAUUCAAGAUUGUCAUCACUGUUUGACAUACAUCUAGUAGCUACUUGGCUGGGUUCUACUGUAGACUAUUUGAUGACAGCUACCUGGCUGGGUUAUACUUUAGACUAUUUGAUGACAAUGUACUUCAGAUGGGAAUUAUUGUUGAUGUCUAGUCAUUUUGACCUAUUUUAUAAAUAACUAACCAGAUGCUAUACAAUGAGUUGGGUAAAUCUGUCUUUUUGCUUUCAAGGUGUCACAUUGUUAUUAAAUUCUAAUGACUAAUAUUCCUUCAGUUUAGCAUGUUUUGAUGGAGCCUAUUACUUAGAAUAUGGAUUUGAAAAUCAGGUUUUUAAGCUGACAACAUUCUAGAUAUACUAUUUUUAAAAAAUCAAGAUCGAUUACCCACCUUUUUUUGAUCUAAAUAUUACUCAGUAACAUAUUCUGAACUAAAAUAAUAAUUAAUUGUUAGGUUUAAAAUUCUUAUUUUUAAUUUUGAGUGGUGGUGGUGUAGGAAUAAAAAAUAAAUGUGGACAUUCAUUUACUUCCCCAGUCUGUGCUUAAUUAGUUCUACAAAUACAUAGUCAAUGUAUGGCUUGGGUUAUUUUUUCAUGUUUUAGAUGUUUUGUAGUCACAUGACUUGAUGCUGUGAUGUUUAGUAACUUGUUGAAGAGUUUUCAAUAUUAAUGACUCUUAAAAACAAAACACUGAAAAAGAGAGAGAGAGAGAGAGCACUAGAUAAAGAUGAAGUGAGAAAGAAUAAGUAUGUAUUUGUUUAUUUGGAAACCAGCUUAUAUUUUAAGCUUGAAGCCAUUUAUGAAAUGUUUCAAUAUACUGGUAAACAACUUCAAGAGAUUUAGAACUGCAAUAAUUGUACAUUGUCAAUGGGCUUUAGUCUCGAUGUUAACUGUGUCAUGAACUGAGCAUUUAUUGUAGAGUACACUUGCACUUCUUCUACCAGCUGAUCCUUAGAGUAUAGAUACAGUGUUAGCAAUUAGAGUAUAGAUACAGUGUUAGCAAUUAGAGUAUAGAUACAGUGUUAGCAAUUAGAGUAUAGAUACAGUGUUAGCAAUUAGAGUAUAGAUACAGUGUUAGCAAUUAGAGUAUAGAUACAGUGUUAGCAAUUAGAGUAUAGAUACAGUGUUAGCAAUUAGAGUAUAGAUACAGUGUUAGCAAUAAUCUGUGGAGAUGUUUGUAAAUAUUAAAUGAUCUUGUCAGUUUGGAUCCUCCCUGAAUGAAUGUGCACAUCCACUUUUUGUAGGUUGUUUGAAAGUUGCAUGUUGUAUGCUCAGAUUUUACAUGACAGACAUCCAAGCCUUAGAGCGUCAAAGAUGUUGAAUGUUAAAUGCUGAGAUUUCUUAAGACCAAUGCAAGCUUCUGAGAUUCAAAGCUUUCAAAUAUGUUGAAUGCAAGCCUCUGAGAUUCAGAGCUUUAAGAGUUGGUUAAGUCUUCAGUAUAGGAAAACAAACAAGCCUGUCUUGUUACAAAUCUAAAGGAACAAAAAGCUCCUCAAUACUGUGUAGCUAAACAAAAAUGUAUAAAGUUUGGAAAAUAAGCACCAAAUAAGCACUAGGUUAAGACAAUCUUUCAGGAAUAGAGGAUUAGAAAUAGCUCAGAAGUAGAGUGUUAUAUUUUUUACUUACAAGAUUCUUUCACUCUGAACUUAGUUUUAUUUAGCAGGUGUUCUUUAGAAAGUUGUUUUCAUUGACAACUUAGUGAAAUGAAGAAACUAAAGGGAAGGUCAAACUACUGACAUGAGAUGUACCAAUGAAUAUAUGACAUAGUAAUUGAUUUAUUCUGAAGCUUUUUCUAAAAACGAAACUCAUUGUUAACAUCAGAUUUAGAGUAAUUUGAGGUCAAAGUUAAGUUCCCCUUUCAGAUCUAUAGGGCAGAUGAUGUAAAGGUCAUCUGUUUCUGUGACCUGUUAACGAUGGUGUCAUGUGGCCAGCACAACGACCAACCGCCUUUACAUUUCCCCAAACAAAUGUCAGGUACCCAUUAGAGCUGGGUAGACUAGAGGCGCCCAUGGAUCCCGAAAUAAAAAAUCCCAGACUUCACCGGGAUUCGAACCCGGGACCCCGGUUCAGCCACCGUGCCUCAAUUUGAGGUCAUGCAUAUUCAUAUUUAUUCACUGAAGGAAAACAUCCAGUAAAUUAAAUAUUUAAAAAAGUGUCAAGGUUUUUGAAAAUAUCGCUAACAAAAGUACUGUAAAACAUUUUAUUUUUUAUUGCAGAUUGUGAAAUCCAUUAAAAAUGCAUAGAAAAGCAAGAAUCUUGGUAUAGACAUCACUGCAUUGUAAAAACUAAAACCAAUUUAGCGAUGUGUUGCGUAUAAAGUAAAAAAUUAGACUGAGCGUUCUAUUUCUUCCAUUAGUUAAUAUUUUUUAAUGCUCUCUCCUCAGUGUAUUCCGAUUGUCUGAAGCUCAACCAUGUCACAUUCAUAAUGGUGGUAUAUUGUAUAUCUCUAAUUAGGUCCAUGGUGCAUAAAUUGUGUUAUAUCUGUAAUUAUGUUGCUCAUAUGGUGGUAUAUCUCUAACCACAGUGCUUGUAUGAUAUUUGUUUGAUGAAAUUGCAUAUAGGCCUAUACCUAUUUUCCAAUGUGUUUAAUUAUGUUGCUUGUUUAUAUGAUGACAUGGUGUCUUUAAGUAUGUUCUUUGUAGGCCUGUAAUGCUUUCAAUAUGCCUACUGAUGUGUCUAAUUAGGUUUAAUUGAGUCGGGUAUAGUCCUACUAGAGUGUGUCUAGUCCAGUGCACAUACAGCUUAACGCAAUAAUUUCAGAAAUAAAAGUAAAAAAAAAUCACA